AUGUCGCAACAACAACAACACCACCACCACCACCGACACCUAAAGCCUGACGUGAAUACGCCUCACUUGCGUGGAAAAGAAAGGAAGAGCAGAAGAACACAUAAAAACUCGCGGGAUGAGGAGCUACCUGCAUGUCACAACUGUAUCAAAAAGAAUUACCAUUGCGGAUACCUUGACUACAGUGAAGAGAAGUUGGAGAAAUUAAGGAAAAAGAACCAAGACAAACACCAACCCGACGACGGAAAUCAAAGAAGGGGUAAAACUUUAGACGCGCAUAUAAUAGAUGCCCCAGAAAAUGAAUUCAAGCAUGGGGAUAGCAAUAAUACCCGUCAACUCCCUCCAGGGGCAAGCGUCGACCGUCAUCGACCGUUCCAACAGUUACCUCGUCCACAUGAUGCACUAAAUCUGCACUUUAGAAACCCUGUAGGAGCUGCGAUGUUUGCCAGCAACGGACUGAAUAAAAUAGAGCUUGCCCAUACCUUGGAGGCUGGUUCUUUGCCAGGAGGAUUUUCAAAUGCUUACCAUAACCUGGAGUCACUAUUGAAUCCAAAUUCAGCAAAGCUUGUAAAUGGCACCAACUUUGUAAUAACCCCGCCAUUUGCAGACCAGAACAUGUCAUUAGAUUCGUCACCAUAUUCGGAUUCGCCCAAUAAUGUCGACCAGUUGUUUUCGAGCUACUUCCCCACUUUUAUUGCCAACCAGCCUGUUAGUUCAAUUACCCCGCCAAAUAUUUUUGAAUAUGUCGUGGACAGUGAUUAUGACUACUUCAAUAAACUACCGCUUGGGAACGAGGAUUUUAACUUGGCGGUGUUUACCGACUCUAUAAGGAAGCUCUCCCAGCUUCAUACAGACGUUUUGGUGCCGGCCGAGUACACAGAAAACCAUGUCAAUGUCGAUUUAGCACAAAUGAGUCAAAUGAACCUACUACGCCAGUUGGCAGACCCCGAUGCCGUCAAUUUCGACCUACUAGCAGGCUCAGACACCCAGUCGGUGGAGAACUGUGAGAAAUAUCAACCAAUAAAUGCCCAACAUAACGAUACCACUUCUUCCCAAACUGCAAAGGAAAUGGUUUCCGAUUUAGCAGUAGAAAGUAAACCGGUGACGGGUGAGCCAUUGCCAAAUGGCCAAGUAUCUAAUGCCUCCUUUAAAGUGUUGAAACAUCCGGAUAAUAUCAGACUGUUGUUCACCAGAAAGGUAAGCCAAUUUCUACCUGAUCCAAGCCAAUACACAUUACUGUUGCAUGAACCGGAUUGGACGAGGAAGAAUAAUGAGGAUUUAUGGACAAUUACACUUGGAGAGGCAUUCGUUAGGAUUUUGACAAAGAAAUCGUACGCUUAUUUUGGACGUAUCAUAAGAAACUUGAGAACAGCUGUCACUGAGGUUGAUGUGCAAAUCACGACGAUAGGAUCGUGGUACGCCGGUUGGUCGCUGCUUCUCCAAAAGCGUGCUAGUGCGAAAGCCACGACUUUAUUCUACGGUGGCUCGGCGUCACUUCUAUGGAAUUGCUUAAACAACUGCCAACACUUUGGCGACCUAGAUCCGAGGUUGAGGUUCAUCACCAAUGCGGUGAGAAAUCAUACAUCAUGUGCCGUCAUUCCAGACUAUAAGAUAAAUGUCAUUUUCAACAUACACGAAAACUUUGUAAUGUUUAAGAAAUUUGUUAAUUACAACCUCAACUUGACUAGUGCCGCUAAUGGGUAUAUAUUAAAAUACCUUCUUGACACGGAAAAGUUUUUGGAAUAUUUACUCGAAGAUCUACAUCCCCGCUUCAUUUACAUCGAUCAAUUUUACAGAGAGAAGAAUAGCAACGACAAAGACUCACUUGGUAUUCGGUAUUUUUCGCCUUCGUUGUUCUACGAGCUCAUAAAUCGAUGGCUCAGAUUAAUACCAAGUCAUGCGCGCUCUAUCGGGAGAGAGAUGUCGCCUCUUAAGCGAACGUUUUAUCUAUUUUACAUUGCUAUAGCCAAGGCUUUAGCGAACGUGUUCCCUUUAAUACGAAGUGCUUUCUUGACAGAUACAUGGGAUACAUUAUAUCCACAAGUUGACUUUGACUACCAUCUAUUCAAUUUUUCGAGGAAUGAGGUUCCUGAUGAAGCACAAUACAAUUUCUUGUCAAAUUGUACUUCUAAGCUAUUGCGUGUGAUAAAGUUUUUCAACACAAGGCAACAAAUAAUUUCACACGUGUUGUCGGCGGAUACAGUACUUGAGCCUGGAAAGAGCUUUAUAAAUUCCGUGGAACCCCAGCAUGAUGAGACAAGAGAACCCAUGAGAGACAUUGCUUUCAUGACUCCUGAGAAGAGAGAUUUUGGCGAAGUGAUGUUAAAUAACUUUACCAUAAACACAAUCGUGAACAUUUACAAUUACCCAAAGUUGGUAGACUUCAGCAGUAAUUUGUGCAAAGGGACCAAACUUCGAAAAAUUAUAGAACGUGAAAACCACAACCAAAAGGUGCGCAUCGAAGAGUACAGGGCAAAAUACAAAGAAACCGAUAACACAGAUGCGUCGAAUAAAGAACACCUAACAAACGUGAACCAUGCUUAUGAUUUCGAUUUUGAUCGGGGUAUGUUUUGGUUUGAUUAUGCAGUAGAACCUAUACUCGAACACCUUCUUGAAUACCUAGAUAAUUUGCCAGCAAAAGAAAAUUUGUCAAUAGAGGAAUUGAAGGGACAGAUUUUGGACUUUGAAACAUCACAUAAAAACAUGUUCCAUAGCAUCGACCAAAACGACACAAACUAA